CUCUCGUGCUCAAUGAAUCAGCUGACGAAUGGUAUCUCCCUCCUCUCCCUCCUCUCCCGGAUGGAUCGGCGCCGCUGAAGCCGGGCAGCCUGAGCGCUGACACAGGAGCAGGUUGCCCACGGCUCGCUCUCCUGCUGCUGGAUGUCACAACGAUCGAGUGCCGGCUGAAGCAGAAGAGGUUACUUUGUUGAAUUCUCCCCCUCGGGUUGGGAGCUACCCGCUUCCCGUCACCAUGGCUUCCAACUUCAACGACAUAGUCAAACAGGGAUACGUGAGGAUACGGAGUAAGAAACUGGGGAUUUUCCGGAGGUGCUGGCUGGUGUUCAAGAAAGCCUCGAGUAAAGGACCCCGGCGGUUAGAGAAGUACCCAGAUGAGAAGGCGGCGUACUUCAGGAGCUUCCACAAGAUCACUGAGCUCCAUAACAUCAAAAACAUUACCCGGAUACCGCGGGAGACAAAAAAGCAUGCCGUGGCCAUCAUCUUCUGUGACGACACAUCCAAGACAUUCGCCUGUGAGUCGGAGCUGGAUGCAGAGGAAUGGUGUAAGCUGCUAUGUGUGGAGUGCCUCGGCUGCCGUCUCAACGACAUCAGCUUGGGAGAGCCAGACCUGUUAGCAGCAGGGGUGCAGCGGGAGCAGAACGAACGUUUCAACGUGUACCUGAUGCCCACACCGAACCUGGACAUCUACGGGGAAUGCACCAUGCAGAUCACUCAUGAAAACAUCUACCUGUGGGACAUUCACAACGCUCGCCUCAAACUCGUCAUGUGGCCUCUCAGCUCUCUGCGCAGAUACGGACGAGACUCCACUUGGUUCACUUUUGAAUCUGGAAGGAUGUGUGACACAGGAGAGGGUUUGUUCACGUUCCAGACGCGGGAGGGGGAGAUGAUCUACCAGCGGGUCCACUCGGCCACGCUGGCCAUCGCCCAGCAGCACGAGAGGAUGAUGGAGGAGAUGGAGAAGAGCUCCCAGAUCCACUCCAGAGAGACGCUAACCAAGUCCAUCUCCCUGCCACGCAGCGCCUACUGGCAGCACAUCACGCGUCAGAACAGCGUGGGAGAUCUCUACAGCUACCAAGGAAGCAGCCUGUCAAUGACUUUCAUCCCUCGAGCACAGACCUUCCCCAGCUUUCUGUCUGAUGAGCCAGAACAGGAGAGCCAGCACCAGGAAGAGGCACCGUCGCCCUCUAGUGGCUGUGAAACCAGUUGCAGCCUGAGACCUGUUCAAUGACACAGAGUUGCUCCCCUGAAACUGGACACUUUGCCCUCAACUGUAGAAAGGAUGUAGAAAUAUGUAUAGUGACGUGUAAUAUAUCAUUACCUGGUGUCAACUGUAGAGCGAGUGUGACAUGAGAAGGAUCCUGAGAAGUCUCUUUUGUAUGUUGUGUGAACGCAGCAGUAGCUUCAGAUACUUCACCAAAAAUCCUGAAGGAUUAGUUUUCAUGUUUUUUUUUCUUCAUCAUUUUACUCUUAAAGCCAGGAGGACUUUGUUUCAAUCCCUGCACUGUACAUUACAAGAAGUUUGAGGUAACAGCACACAAAGUUUCACCGUAAAAAAGAAACUCUUUGAUUUUUUUUUUCUGAAUUGGAUGAAAUCACAUCAGACUCAUUCCCACAGUUCGCUGCCUCAGCAACCAUUUCCAGAGAAAUUUCACCACUCUUUGACAUUACUGUACUUCCCCCUCUCUAGAAUGUGAAAUUGAUCAACGGCUCCCACAAAAAAUACUCAACAUUGAAGUCAGUGAUGAAUCAGCAAAAGCUCUUUAAAGGUUACGACCAGCAAAGGGAAAAAGUCAUUCAGAAAUAUGCUCCAAGGAUAUCAGAGUGGACUGUGCAAAUAUCUUAAAUCCUCAACUUUAAUCUGCCAACUCUACAUUGCAGAGCAAUUUAGGUUUAAUGGUGUCCCAGCUCUUCUUCAGCCUCAUAUACAGUAUUUAUAACUGGUUUAUUAGUGGAAAGAGAACAGCAGAGAUGUUGGUGAGCUGACUGGCCGAGUUAAACAAGGCAGAAGUAAAUAAUGGCGUAAUAAGACCACUUUAAAAGCUGUGACAUCUAAACCAAGCUGGUUGGUUGUAUUUCAAUAUGAAAAUAAAAGGAUUGGAUUAAAUAUGAAUAUUUCCAAGACGAUCUGUGCUCAGUGAAAUAUACUUAAGAGGCAACAGUCACUGACAUCCUGGGAUAAACACGCAUUUUCAGAGAGACGCAUUUUCAGAGAAACACUGGGAAAGAUUGAGUACAUUUUAAGCCAAUCUAGUUUCAAGACUUGAAAGCUAAGCUAACUCCAUUUCCACCUUAAAAUAUCACGACUGUGUCUGAACAAUCAAUAUCAAGCUGUCCUGCAGCCAGUUCAUAGUUAGCCUAGCUUUCAACAAGCCUGGGAACAGCUAGCCUGCUCUCCCAGACGCUAACAGCAUCCGUCAACCAGCACUUUCAAAGCCAUAACUUGUUCCUUUUAAACUUUAACUUUAGUGCAGAGUAAACAGAUACACUACAUGGUGUUCAUUUGUGAACCUGCUAAGGGUAGGUAGCUUGAUUUAACUACCUGGGUUAGCAUUUCCCUAUUCUCCAGUAUGUUAAUUAAGCUAACCAGUUGUUAGUAGGGGUGUCCCGAUACAACCUUUUCACUUCCGAUGCGAUACCGAUAUUGCAGCCAUAUGAUCUCAGCACAAAUCAUACAUAAUUUUAUUACUUAUUUUGUAGUAAGGAAUGUUAGAAAAGGCUUGAUCAAGUGAUAUUACUCAAACAGAACAAUAGUCAGCAACAGUAGGUGUGAGAAAAACUGACUUAUUGUUAACCAAUGGGUUACAUACAUUUUAAACUUAAACAUAAGAAUAUACUACAAUUGAAAAAAAUAAAUAAGAAGACCCUGAAAAAUAACCUCAACAAAUCCAAUAAAAACAAAUUAUGCUGCCAGGGUGGGGGGUCGAGCUUGGUUGGCUCUCCAGUAAUGUAAAGGAUUGUUCUUAAGUUCAAUAGUGGCCUCACAGAGGUACACGCCACACGGCCGACAUCACUCCUACUCCUUGCGACUUUGUUAGCAACUUAGCACACGCUGUUGUGAUCACAUGGGCUCUGGAUUCUGGAAUGGACUGCUUGUAUGGGAGGGUUUAUAUCGGAGAGUUUAGAUGCAGUCCGGUAUAAUCCGAUACUCGUUUUUUUUGCCGAUAUCGGACCGAUAUCUGAUAUCAAUAUCGGAUCGGGACACCCCUAGUUGUUAGCGCUACAUGAUAGCUUACAUGAGAGUUGAAGUUGAGAAAACUUUGAGCUACAACUGCAUUACAAAUAAAGACUGAUCAUUAGCCAACACUGGUUAACUUAAAAACAGUCUCUGAUCCUUUAGCCUGACUAACUUGUUUAGCAGUGUUGUUUAUGUUAACAACACUGCUAAUCAGAAACAAUUCAUUGUAGUUUUCGUGGCUGAAAUGAACAAAAUCAGCAGAAAAAAAAUAAAUAUUUCAGUGAACCCUCCUGUAGCAUGUGAGUUAUAUUUCUGUCCACUACAGCUGUGAUGAAAAUGUUCUCCUCAUCGUCCUCCUAGAGUAAGAAGUGCCUUCCAACACAGACUGCUGAGUGUGAGACUUACCCAGAGCAUCCCCAUCUUCAGGCUUUGAGUUUACCCUUUCAGACAGAAUUUAGCUCUUAAUCUUUCAACCAUUUCUGAGUCCUAAGUUCCGGCAGACCCAGCUGUGAAAUGCCAUGUCACCCCCAGAAACAUUAAGCAGAGCUCCUUUAGUCAGUGGAGGAAAACACUUGUCUCCUGUUGGUGGCUGUCAACACCUCUUGAAGUCUUUGUGGUAUAAGUGGUUGUGCUUUUUGUUUGAUUAGAAGACACAGACCUCCCACUACUGCAAACUAAAAAAAAAGGAUCCAAAUGACAAUCAGUUUGAGGCAGCAAAUCAGUUCUUUAAUAAAGUUUGUAUUCACUUUGAUUAUUUUUGUUGUUAAUAUUAUAGAUCCUGUAGAGCCACAAGUACAAGCACUUAUUUUAUGUUGAAGUUGAAGUUUGCAGUCGGUCACUUUAUCUUUUAAGCUGUAUUUAAAAGAGCUCAGCCUUUACGUUAAUUUGAGCCUCAAACAAAGUGCCCAUCUUGAAACGUUGUUGCAUCACAAAGCCCAUCGUUACCGUACAUAGAAACAUGGUUGUUUCAUAUCUGGCCACAUUUCUGCAAGAGUAGUCUUGAGUCUUAGCUCAAAAUGUGAUAAAUGUAUGUAUACUAGUUCCACUACAUCUGGACCGUAAGAGCCAGUACAAACCCAGACAACUGGACAAAGUUAUAGAAAACUGUGUUUAUCAUUUGCUCUUUUUGUUGCAUAUUGUAGCCAUUCACCUGUUCGAAGGUAUGACGUGAUAUCUGUUGCCACAUGAUGUGUCCACUACGUUUGUUAUCUGUUCCUGUCAAGUUAUUUGUUAUUAGCACUUUGAAUACACUGAGUGUAGGACUACAGUUUUCACUAAAUGUACAUAUGUAAUGUUUUUGAUGAUACAAGGGUAAUAAAUUGAAUGUUCUACCAUG